CUUCGUCGUGAGUGCCGCUAUCACUUCGCGUUUGUUGCUCUCUUGCUGGCCUGGCUGCGGCCCGUCAUCGUCGUCGGUGUAUUUUUAAUCACUUUUCUCGCUGCCUGUGCUUUGAAAAUAUUGUACUAAUUUGGAAACGUGCAGUUAAAUACAUAUAAGUUAUUGUUUAUAUAAUAAGUUUCGCUGUGUGUUGAUUUCACAUGCAAAAUCUAUAGAAUUUUUUCCACAUAAGGCUUAGGGAGUAAGCAACUUACAAUUGCAUAUACAUAUGUAUGUAUAAGCGUAUGUGUUAAUGCGUGAGUAACAAGGCUGAUUAAAAAAGUAAAUGAACUAAACCUAAAACAAAUACUAGUUAGAAGAACAACAAUUGAAACACAAUUCACACAAUACAAAAUGGAAGCAAUUGCCAAACAUGAUUUCUCUGCUACUGCCGAUGAUGAACUCAGUUUUCGCAAAACUCAAAUUCUAAAGAUAUUAAAUAUGGAGGACGAUUCGAAUUGGUAUCGCGCCGAAUUAGAUGGGAAGGAAGGGCUCAUACCCAGUAAUUAUAUAGAAAUGAAAAAUCACGACUGGUACUACGGACGCAUUACACGUGCCGAUGCGGAGAAACUCCUGUCAAAUAAACAUGAAGGAGCAUUUUUAAUACGCAUCAGCGAAUCUAGCCCUGGCGACUUUUCUUUAUCUGUCAAAUGUCCGGAUGGCGUGCAACAUUUUAAAGUGCUACGGGACGCGCAGAGCAAAUUUUUCCUCUGGGUAGUCAAAUUUAAUUCCCUCAACGAAUUGGUCGAGUAUCAUAGAACGGCAAGCGUUUCGCGAUCCCAGGAUGUCAAAUUGCGUGAUAUGAUACCUGAAGAGAUGCUCGUGCAGGCACUAUACGAUUUUGUACCACAGGAGUCUGGUGAAUUGGACUUUAGACGCGGUGACGUCAUUACCGUUACAGAUCGUUCCGAUGAGAAUUGGUGGAAUGGCGAGAUCGGCAAUAGGAAAGGCAUUUUUCCAGCAACCUAUGUAACGCCAUAUCAUUCAUAAUAAUGUACACACCAUCACACACAUACAUAAGCAUAACUCAGAAACCACUUAAUUAUUUAAAACUAAUUUGGAAUGCAUAUUAUUGUAUGUGCUGUUCAAUAAUAUGGCAUGACAUAUUGAUACAUAUGGUAUCUGUAAGCAUCAAAAUCGAAUGCAUUUUUUACAUUAUUGACAAGCAUUUUCUGCGGUACUUUAAAUUGUAACAAAAUACAAACUAAACUGACAAUUGAAUCCUCUUGUAUGAUGAAUAUAAGACAUGGCACAAUAUUGUUAGUGUAACAGGACAAUUUCUGAUACAUACAUAUAUAUCAUACGUAGUUGUACAUGUACACCACUCUCAAUGUGCUAUUAAAUUUGUCUGCAUGCGUAUGUGUGUGUGUGUGUGAAAGAUGAAAGAUUUAUGAUUAAAUAUAUUUUAACAUUACCAUUAAAAAAAAAUAAACAGAAACCUACCGCUUUUAAAAAAAAAUCACUAUAAAACAACCUUUUGCCUAAAUGUCUCAAAGCGAAGACAUUUAAAAUUAUUAUUAUCAUAUUUAACCUUAAUAUAUAAUUAUAUAUAUUGAACAAGAUAUUAAGCAUACAAUUUUGCAUCAGUUGCACAUGUACGUAUUUUUCGAGCGCCUUUAACUAAAUUGUGUAAAAUUGGUUUCAUCAUUUAAAUAAUUAAGACAUUCGGAUAAUUUGUAUUCAGUUGCUGGCAUUUGUAAAACAAUUGAAUUUUUUUCUGUACGAAGCAGGGUGACUCACAUUUAAUGAACAUUUGCAAACAUGCUCAAAAAAUAACUUAUUUGUUACUGAAAUAUAUUGUGCUAUAAAUAAAUACAUACUAUUAUAUUUUGCUAUUGUUUUACAUACGUGUCUUUUGUUGUCAUAAUAUUUAACUGACAAGUAGUUGCACAUUCUUAACAUUACGUACAUUAUGCAUAACAAUAAAUAUAAAGUUGCCAAUAUCAGUAAUUACACCGAAAAAUAAUAUUUUUAUAUGUAUUUCCUAACAUCUAUGAAAAUUAAAUGAAAAAUUAACUUGCCUCAUGUCAAAUCUA